AUGACACUCGUAGUCUGCGAUUUCCCUCACCCCUGCCAAUCCCCUUCCAACUUUGCUCUGCGACUUACCGUCGGGCCUCGUCUCACCUCUGUGCCUGCUCGCCUAUCUCUCUCAUAUUUCAUCGCAUGCGCGUUGUGGUGGCGCGGAGGGCCCAUGGGCUCUCUAGCGGCUCGCUCACCCGCGGGGACUCUGCCACGCGCAGCAGCUGGUCGGCGGUACUACUUCCGCCCCGGCGCGGCAGCGGGUCGUCUGCGGUGGCACAUCUACCUGCCCGGGGGAGCAUGGUGCGUCACCCCCGCCGACUGCGCCGCCAGAGCCGGCACGCGCCUGGGAUCCAGCAAGAGCUUCCCCGCCAACCCCGCGCACUACGCGGCGCAGCUGAGGCCGCCGUUCGAGGGCAUUCUGUCGGGCAGCGCGCAGCAGAACCCGGCGCUGUACCAGUGGAACCUGGUGCGCCUCAUCUACUGCGACGGCGGCGGGUACGCCGGCACCAGGGGCGCCCUCAACGUCUCCCUCGCCUCCCCUGCUGCUGCCGCCCCUCGCAAUGCAAGCUCGGCUGCCAACUCCACGGGGUCAACCAAGUCAUCCGCGCCGUCCACGGCAGCCAUCUACCUGGACGGGUGGAACAUCAUUCAGGCGGUCAUUGCAGGUGCUGCGCCACCCCCUCGCCCUCGCCACUGUGCUCUCCGUGUGCCCCCUUGGCUGUGCGCAGUGCCUUGUGGCUCACAUGCUGCCUGCUCCACCUCCCCUCCUCUCUUCUCUCUCCCUCCUGUCUCCUUGCUCUCUUUCCUCAGCUCCUCGCCUCCUCACCUCCUCGCCUCCUCAUCUCCUCGCCUCCUCGCCUCAUCGCUUCCUCGCCUCCUCGCCUCCUCACCUCGCCCCUCUUGCCAUGCAGACCUCGUGCAGAAGCGCAAGAUGCGCUCAGCCUCACAGGUUCUGCUUUCGGGCAGCUCAGCGGGUGGGCAGGCGACAGUGAACCUUUGUGAUUGGUUGGCGUCGUCCUUCCCGUCCGCUUCCACCCGCUGCCUCGUUGACUCGGGCUUCUUCCUUGCAAACCCCUCACCCCAUCAACCCUCUCUCGUGCAACCCCCUCCACCCAUCAACCCCGCCCCCCUUCCCUGCCACAGACACGCGUGA